AUGGCUGACCUCCAGACGCCAGCGGAAUCUGCAACCCCCACCGCCCUGAACUCACGAGCGUCGAGUGGACAUCACGUUGAUGUCGCACGAGCUGAAGAAGAAUUUUACGAGUUAUCAAGACAGUUGAGUAGACGCUCCGAAACUGGCAAAGGCGAUGGCAAACUCUUCGCCACCGCUGUUCAUGACAUCGAGAAGGGUGUUGAGCAUGAGGUCGAGGAUCGCUUUGAUCUUCGCGAUUAUCUGACGUCGUCCAAUGACCGGAAUCAGCAAGCUGGCAUCAAACAUAAGAAUGUCGGUAUCACCUGGGAGAACCUUCAAGUUGAGGUAGCCGGUGGUAUGGAUAGCAAGGUUUACAAUCCCACUCUUGGAGACGCCGUCUCCGAUUUCGUACUCGGACCGUUCCUAUGGGCCUGGGGUUUGAUUUCUCCUCACCUUAUUAAGCGCGAUGCACCAACAAGAACCAUUAUUCACAAAUCAUCAGGUGUUCUCAAGCCCGGUGAGAUGUGUCUGGUUCUCGGAUGUCCCGGCUCUGGUUGUACUACCCUCCUCAAAACCAUCGCCAAUCAACGCGACGAGUUUGCUAGGAUCUCUGGCGAGGUGCUCUACGCUGGAAUCACCGCAGAGGAGAUGGCCAAAUACUACAAGGGCGAAGUCGUCUACAAUCAAGAGGGUCUGUGUAUAGUGUAUACCCUCGAGAUUUCGCUCCCGCAAGCUGAGAGGUUCCUUCCAGAUGAUAUCCAUAUUGCCACCUUAACCGUGGCGCAGACACUCGCUUUUGCUUUGUCGACCAAAACGCCGGGUCCGAAUGGUCGCCUCCCGGGGAUCUCUCGCAAACAAUUUGACGCCGAAAUUUCAAAAACCCUUCUUCGUAUGCUCAACAUCUCUCAUACAGAGCAAACUCUUGUUGGCGAUGAAUUUGUCCGUGGAGUCUCGGGCGGCGAACGAAAGCGUGUCAGCAUUGCAGAGAUGAUGGCAACUCGCGCAAGAGUCCAGUGUUGGGACAACUCUACUCGCGGAUUGGAUGCAUCGACGGCUCUGGAUUUCGUAAAGAGUCUGCGCAUUAUGACCGAUGUCCUUGGACAAACGACCUUCGUCACGCUUUACCAAGCUGGCGAAAGCAUCUAUCAAUUGUUCGAUAAAGUUCUGGUGCUCGACGAAGGACGACAGGUUUUCUACGGACCUCCGGACGAAGCAAGAGCCUACUUCGAAGACCUAGGUUUCAAGUCGCUGCCUCGUCAAACCACGGCGGAUUAUCUUACUGGAUGUACGGAUCCCAACGAACGUCAGUUUGCCCCUGGACGCUCUUCUCUGGAUGUACCAUCGACUCCCGAAGCCCUUGAAGCCGCUUUCCUCAAAUCAUCGUAUUCCGCCGCCACCAACGUAGAUUUGCAGGAAUACAAGACCUUCAUGAAGACAGAAAAAGCAGACCAAGAAGCUUUCAGGGCUGCGGUUGCGGCGGACAAGAAGAGAGGCGUCUCGAAGAAGAGUCCUUACACUCUCGGCUUCACUGGCCAAGUUCGUGCGUUGACGGUCAGGCAAUUCCAACAAAACCUCCAGGACAAGUUCCAGCUCUAUACGAGCUUUUCUCUCGCAUGGCUUCUUGCAAUUGUCAUCGGCGCUGCUUUCAUCAACUUGCCUACAUCUUCUGCUGGCGCUUUCACUCGUGGAGGUCUCAUUUUCACCGCUCUGUUAACUCCAUGCUUGGAGUCCUUCGGUGAGAUGCCCCUGCAAAUGUUGGGUCGCCCAAUCCUCCGGAAGCAGACGAAUUACAGCCUCUACAGACCCUCUGCAAUUGCCGUCGCAAACACAUUGGCUGAUCUACCAUUCUCCGCCGUCCGCAUACUAGUCUUCAACAUCAUCGUCUACUUCAUGUCAGGUCUUCAUCGUUCAGCGGGUGCAUUCUUCACGUACCACCUAUUCAUCUACAUAGCCUAUCUCGUGAUGCAAGGCUUCUUCCGUACAUUUGGGCUUAUGUGCUUCAAUUUCGACUCAGCAUUCCGACUUGCGGUGUUCUUCCUUCCCAAUUUCAUCGAGUAUACUGGCUACAUUUUGCCGGUCAUUAGCAUGAAAAGAUGGUUGUUCUGGAUCUACUACGUGAAUCCCAUUGCCUAUUCUUGCAUGAUCAACGAAUUCAUGCGCAUUUUUCUGACUUGCGACGGAAAUUCUGUUGUCCCAAGAAAUGGACCUGGCGUCGACAGGUAUCCCACUUCGCUCGGUCCAAAUCAAGCUUGCACACUGUUCGGAUCGCAAAGUGGCAGCGACCUAAUUUCUGGCGCUGACUACCUCUCUGUCGGAUACGGCUUGGAUAUUAAGGACCUAUGGCGCCGCAACUUCCCGGUCAUGAUUGGUUUCCUACUUCUCUUCCAGUUGACCCAGAUCGCCGUGCUUGAAUUCAUUCCGCAAUUCGGUCUGAAUAUGUCUAUUCGAAUCUACGCCAAAGAGAGUGAAGAGACGAAGCGAUUGAACGCCGCGCUGCGCGAAAAGAAAAUUGCUAAGGAACAAAGGAAAGAAAAGGGAGAGGAGCACGAUGACCACGAAAAGCCUGAAAAGUCUCAAUCCUUGGUCCAUCGGAAGACAUUCACCUGGGAGGGCCUCAAUUAUCAUGUACCCAACCCCAAUGGACCACUACGCCUUCUGCACGACGUCCAGGGUUACGUCAAGCCCGGUACUCUGACCGCUCUAAUGGGAGCCAGCGGCGCUGGUAAAACCACCUGCCUCGAUGUCCUCGCUCAACGCAAGAAUAUCGGUGUCAUCAGUGGGGAUAUUCUGGUCGAUGGAAGACCUUUGCCUCCUGACUUUGCCAGAGGCACUGCGUACGGAACCGCUACUGUCCGAGAAGCGAUGCGUUUCUCAGCCUACCUUCGCCAACCCGCCAGCGUCUCCGAGGAAGAGAAGGAUCAAUAUGUUGAGGAAAUGAUCGAACUUCUCGAGCUCCAGGACAUCUCGGAGGCUCUCGUCUUCUCGCUUGACAUGGAGGCUAGGAAGAGGUUGACCAUAGGUGUCGAACUUGCCAGCAAGCCGGAGUUAUUGCUGUUCUUGGACGAGCCGACCUCUGGUUUGGAUGCUCAGAGCGCAUGGAAUCUCGUUCGCUUCCUCAGAAAAUUGGCAGACCAAGGCCAAGCUAUCCUCUGCACCAUCCAUCAACCUUCGUCGCUCCUCUUCGAAAGCUUCGAUCGAUUGCUCUUACUCCAACGCGGUGGCGAGACGGUAUACUUCGGCGACAUCGGCCAGGAUUCUUCCGUCAUCCGCGACUACUUCGCUCGCCACGGAGCAGUCUGCCCGCCGAACGUCAACCCCGCUGAGUACAUGCUUGAAGCAAUUGGCGCUGGUAUUACACCUCGUAUUGGAAACCGGGAUUGGAAGGACAUUUGGUUGGACUCGGCUGAGUGCAAGCAGGCCAAGGAGGAGAUUGCUACAAUCAAGAAGGAAGCAUUGGCCCGUCCCGAGGAGGACCGAAAGACGCUAAGCACUUAUGCGACUCCUUUCUGGUACCAACUCAAAUGCGUGGUCCAACGCAACAACACCGCACUCUGGCGCUCUCCAGACUACAUCUUCAGCCGACUCUUCGUCUCUACCUUCAUCUCGUUCUUCGUGUCCUUGUCGUUCAUACAGCUGGGCACCAGUGUUCGGGAUCUCCAAUUCAGAGUCUUCGCGAUGUUCUGGGUCAUCGUCCUUCCCGCGAUCGUCAUGUCGCAGAUUGAGCCUCUGUUCAUCUUCAACAGGAGAACGUUCAUUAGAGAAUCGUCCAGUCGCAUCUACUCGCCAUAUGUCUUUGCCGUCGGCCAGCUCAUUGGAGAGAUUCCGUACAGUAUACUCUGUGGUGUUCUGUAUUGGGUCGUCAUGGUCUACCCUAUGGGCUUCGGUCAAGGCAGCGCAGGCCUGAAUGGCACCGGAUUCCAACUCCUGAUCAUCAUCUUCAUGCUCCUCUUCGGAGUGACCUUGGGCCAGAUGGUCGUAGCGCUCUCGCCGAGCAUCCAAGUCGCGGUCCUGUUCAACCCUUUCAUCGGUCUGGUGCUCGCGACGUUCUGUGGUGUGCCGAUUCCGUACCCGACGAUGAACAGCUUCUGGCGCGCCUGGUUGUACGAGCUCAACCCGUAUACACGCACGGUUGCGGCGAUGGUGUCGACUGAGUUGCAUGGCCUCGUGAUCCGCUGUAAACCUGACGAGUUCGCGGUGUUCACUCCUCCCGUCGGAGAGACGUGCUCCGCCUGGGCGCAGUCGUUCGUGGAUGUUCUCGGAGGAUACCUCGACAACCCGCUGGACAACGCUGCCUGCCGUUACUGCCAAUUCGCCGUCGGCGACCAGUUCUUCAUCCCAUUGAACAUCUCCUUCUCCAACCGCUGGAGAGACACUUUCAUCCUUUUCGCUUUCUUUGGUGAAUUCUGA